AUGCGACCGCAACUGGGCGGUGACGCCCUACCUCCUCCUGUAAAGCCGCGGUCUCGCAAGUCAAGCGUCGAUCAUCCUAUCGCCCCUUCGAGCAAUGUCCCCACUACCUUCGUCAUGAAACGCGUCGAGGAUUUGGAGCACACCAUGGCUCCUCUUCAGGGUGCGACUGCUACAGCGAAACAGCAAGACAGUAAUUUCGGCGUACAGAGUCUCGCAGAUACCCUAGAGGCUGCUUUUGGCCCAGAAACUACAGCAGCUGGCGCAGAGACAGAAAAGGCUAGUAAGACACGGCAUCAGGGUGCAAAGAGUUCAAGAUCCGAGUCACACAGUUCUUCGACAGAUUCAGCCACGCAACCAGACAAAUCCAGGAUAACUUCGGUCCGGAAACUUAGGAGGAACUUUACCAGCCAUGACACAAUCACUCACUUCAAACUGCCCGCCACGAGCGCCGACGUUCCUUCCCCGCUCCCCACAUCCGCUAUGGGGAGCACACCCAGAUCAGCAUCGAUAAUUUCGCUCAAGCUAUCCGACGAGGAGUCUACCAUGGACGAUGCCGCGAGCCAAGCCGUGGUCUCGAGUGGAGAGGACGAAGACCAGGUGGAGACGCAGCAAGAUAAUAUGAGCUUUCCACAGCUAGUCAUGCCUGAGAUGCAGAUGCCAACUAGGAGACCUUUCACAACUAGAGGCAAAGCUAUGGGCAAGCUGAGAGUCAUGGUGGCGGGCGAAACAGGUGUCGGCAAGUCUUCCCUUGUUCGAUCCAUUGUUCAAGUCUGCGAAGACAUCGUACACGUAGAUCCCUUAUCGCCUUCCCAGUCGUAUGCGCAGCCACGCCCACCAAAAUCUAAAUCCCGUACAAGGAAAGCAGAGCACGCAGUCACAACACGGGUGACUGAGAUCCAUGCGAGUACGAAGCCCUAUCCUCAUUGGUGGACGGAUGCCGAAGAGAGUGGUGUAUUUCGGAGAAGAAAGAGCAGUAUUGACACGGUCUUGGAGAGGAACAUCUGCUUCGUAGACACGCCCGGCUACUCGCAAGGCUCUGCAGAGAAAGACAUGAGCAUGGUGGUAGACUACGUUGAAUCGCUGCUAUACCAAACAUCAUCCAUAACAACACUAGAAGACAAUGACGUGCUUGGAGUCGUCAGUGGUAGUGGGGGUCUCCUAGUUGACCUUGUGAUAUACUUACUACCACCGAACAGGGACAUAACGAAAGACAUCGAUUACAUGCAACGACUGUCGCAGUUCACGAACGUCGUACCUGUAGUCGCAAAAUCUGAUACUCUUUCGGCGCAGGAAGUCGUGGCCCUGAAAACUUCUAUCCUCGCACGGCUGCAGACCUCUGCUGUCAGACCAUUCUUCUUUGGGAAGGCCAUGGACGACGCACUGCUUGCCGUACAAGGCCUUCCAGUUGCUAGGACUUCAGCUUUGGGGGCACCAAGUGAGGCAGCUGAAUAUCCCUUCACUACGCCGACCUUUCCCUAUGCAGUCUCUUCGACGUCUGGGCCGGACCAUGAUAACAUGGAUGCAUCAUUGCUCAUGUCGCCCGACUAUGUGCAACCCCUCCUUCCUUCCGAACUUGCUACAUUAGUGAGCCAAGUAUUCGAUCCUGAGUCUAUUGCCUGGCUUCGGCAUUCGGCAGCAAAAAAGUUCUUAGCAUGGCGGCGCAGGACAACGCUACCGGGAGAUUCUGUGAUGAUGCAAGGUAUGGCUCAACCAUGUAGUCCGAUAACGGCUUCAGUGGGACUCAAUGGAGCCAACAUGAAUUCUUCUAUAGCAUCCUCAGUAUUCUCUGCCACGUCACCAUCGGGUGUCUUGGUACCAGGAUCAGGAUCUCCAUUUUACCCUUCGAACCUACAAUCUCCGCUCCUCGCAUCCUCCCCCUCACUUGCCAAUUCCGAUACCCUCGAGCCACUAGGCAACUUCUCAUUGGCAAAAUACAACAACACUACACAAAGUGAUCAACGCCUCAGCGACGUAAGAAUAGCAAGAUGGGCAACAGACCUGCAGCGCAGUCGUCGCAACGAAAGAGAACGGUUCGAGGAACUCCAAAACAACGACAGAGCGAAAUGGCUUCUUGAGCGCGUUAGCGAGGAGGUGUCCAAGGGCACGAUUGUCGCGUCACCAGGCGGUUCACCCAGAGCCGAGUGGGCGAUUGUUCGCCACGGUGAUGAAAAGAAGAACGGCAAGGUCAGUCAUCGAUAUGCAAAAGCUGUUGGACUGGACUCAAGGGAUCCGCUUGGCCUGUGCAACUUUGGUGAUGAGCUGAGGAGACAGAGCUUUGUGCUCGUCAAGGUUCUGGGCGGUCUGAGUGUGUUGGGCGCUGUUGCUGUGGCGGUUUGCAGAGCUUGUGGCAUUGAGACUGGAUUACCACAAGGUGGAUGGUGGGGAUGGAUCACUAGUGCUGAGUAG